GUCUGCUUCGAUACACAUGGCUGAGAGUUUGCUUACCGCUUCUCUGGCGGUCGAGUCCUGGCGCGACAUUUGCACCAACCUGGAGCCUUACGGCGUCGCAUGCAUGGGCAUAUGCCUGCUUCUUCUAGUUCUUUCCGGCCUGGGCACACUCAGCAGUGUUUAGAGCGUCUGGCUCACUACAGGUACUUGACUUGGACGAUUACCAAGAGCAAAAACAUCGACACUCGCGAUCGGGCUGGUCAGGAUUACCUCGUGGUUGUCGUCUGUUGCUGGUUGGAUCUACAUAAAGGGUCGAUAAUGCGAGCCGACGGUCGUCAGCUGAAGGCAACCUUUAAAGCUCACAACCGUGUGCCGCACGAAGGGCGCGUUGCGUUUGUCACGCGAUUCUGCGGAAUGCGGUGCAAGCGCAUUCCAUCCAGCGACUCGAGCGCUUAUUGCCCAACCACAAAUCUCGUGGCAUCCGGAAGUACCAUCUCACCAACUUUGACUGGCACGUUGGGGCAGAGCAGUGCGGAUGCGUUCUCUGAGUGGGCGCCACAACUUGCAUGGGAGGGUCAUGGUUUAGAUAGAUUCUUGAGAUAGUCGUUGCACGUCGGGACGUGUCUGUCCUUGGAGUAUGCUCAUCGUCCUCCACUCUCCGAAGACAUGGAUGGCUGCUGGUCAACUUAGAGACUCAGCG